AUGGCGUUCUCGGGUGCUGGAGCAAGUAAUCCUACCUCCUAUUACAGCAACGCUCCUGCUACGGAUCAGAGUGAUCAGACUGCUCGGGCUCAGGAUCAAGGUGACGGAAGGGUUUGGGAUGAUUCUUCUUGGAACCGGGGUGAUCAAUGGGCUUGGCAGGGAUGGUAUAGACCAUACGGCUACCGCUAUCACUGGUCUUGGGGUUCAAAGGCCGAGUGGAGUACAGACGGUGGAGAUUUCUCCAGUGGAUCACCGGGCGAGGGUGAUGAUGAUCAGGGCUCAGGUGGGCGCCAAGAUGAGCAUCCAUCGCAUGAGCUCCGCAGUUCCGAGGGCGAGAAUGCGGGUUACAAUCGGAGGGCUUCUUGGAAUUCUUCCGGGAAGUGGGCUGGAGACUCAUCGACAGGGAUCUCUAAUUCACAAGAUGAUGGGAACCUGGGGUCCGAGGCCACAGCUACGAAGGGCUCUUUCAACGAGAGGAUGGCAGUUCCGGGAUUCGAUGCUCAGAGUUCUGGGGAGGAGCUUGGCAUGAGCGCUAGGUCUUAUCUUCGCCAGGUGGACGCAUGGUGCAAGGUAACGAGGACACCCAAACAUCAGCAAGCCCUUCUACUCUAUCAGAACCUCUCGGGAAGGGCAUGGGUUGAAUCAGAGGAAUUGAGCGUUGAGGAUCUCUCGGGCAACAACGGUGUAUCAAUCUUUCGAGCUUGGAUUCAAGAAAGGUAUCAGGAAGUCGAAGUGUCAAAGAUUGCGGAAAGCCUUACUGCAUUCUUUAAGCGGCUUCGUCGUCAAUCUGGGCAAACCAUCAGGGAAUUCAACUCGGCUUUCGAUAGGAGUCACUCCCGACUCCUAGAAAUCGACUGCCGCCUCCCAGAGGUGGCAAAGGCAUGGGCCUAUCUCAACGCGCUUAGCCUGAGCAGUUCAGAGGAAUUGGCUUUGCUGGCAUCGGUAGGGAAUGAGUACAAUGUGACAAAGUUGCAGCGCGCAGCAGUGUUGCAUGAGAAGUCCCUACGCCCUCCUUGGCAACCCCGGAAAGGGCCUUAUCAGGACAUUGGCGGUAAAGGGCAGAAGGGGGUCAAGGCUUCCUAUAUGACUGGGGUCGAUGAGGUUGAUGAGGAUGAGGAGGUUUACCAGGGGGCAGAUGACGAGGUGCUUGCAGAGGAAGAAGCCGUUGCGAUGCACGAGGCGUAUGUAGCUCAGGAGACCGCAAAAGCCAGAUAUCGUGAGGUCUCCAAAGCACGGGGUGUGGAUCCUAGUGUGCUGCGGAAGGGUGUCAGUGAGAAUCCGGGGAAAUCCAACAUCGAGGAGCGCCUUGCACAGGCGAAGGCACGAUCGUUCUGCGCCGGGUGCGGCAGGCGAGGACACUGGCACAAGGACAGCACAUGUCCUCUCAACAAACCGGAGAACCAGCAGCUCGGCAACAAAGGGAAUGUCCCUAAGUCCGGCGGGGAUCAACAGGCCCAUGUGACAUCCUCCAGCGGUGAUGGGAGCGGAUCGGUUGUUCAGGUUGCUUACGAGGUCGGGUACCCGAGUGGCAACAAACUGUAUGCAAUCACGGACACCGCUUGCAGUAAGUCGGUUAUGGGUCAAGGAUGGCUUGAAUCCUACUUGAAACUGGCGAGGAACGCGGGCCUGGAAACCCAGUUUGUGAACGCCUCGGACGAUUUCAGGUUUGGUGCUUCGAAACUCUUCCGAGCUACAUACACAGCAACCAUCUUGAUCGAGGUUGGCGGUAAACCGUUUGCGGUCAGGGCUUCGGUGGUCGAGGGUGAGGUUCCGCUCCUUCUCAGUCGGAAGGUCCUGAGUGUUUUGGGCAUGGUGUACGAUGUCGAUGAGAACACGGCACGGUUCAAGCACCUGGGAGUCGACAACAUCAUGCUUUCGACCACUGACAAUGGCCACCCCGCCUUGAUCGUGAAUCCGAGGGUAGGUCAUAAUCCCAAGUUGCCGUCACCCCAAGAGUGGGCUGAUGAUGAGGUGAAGCUACUCCCUCUCGCCAGGAAGCAAUACACGGUGCAUACAUCUCUCAUGACCUCGUCUCACGAUCUUGAGGUCGAACACCAAUAUGUUGGCGGAGGUGUAGAUAGCAAACUUCCCUCGCGAGGACCGCUGGCGAGUGACUUCUGGAUUGAGACACCAAGUGCCUUUGUGAGUGCACCUCGGCAAUUUCAUGUGGGAGUUCGCAUGCGUUACAUCAAGUGCAUGACGCAUGGAGAGGGGAAACGAGUUCACAACAUCCAGUUCUAUGGGUCGGCAGGACUGUUUUCUCCCGAGCUUCCUGUAGCACUCCUUUUGAAGAUUCCCUCUCGAAUCCUGCGGUUGCUGCUCCUGAAGAUGGCCUCCUCAUCCGAGACAACGGGGAAUGUGUGGCACAUGACGAAGGCGCAGCUCAUCUCGAAGGCGAUGGGCAUGGGGAUCACGAUCCACCAAUCUUGGAGUGUGGGCGAAAUUCGCCAGCUUAUCCAGGAGAAGAAGAAGGCCAUGGGCGAGAUCUCAGAGGUCCCGAAAGGGUUGGCAUCAAUGAACAAAGCCCAACUCCUAGAGCAGUGCCGGUUGUUGGAAAUCGAGGUGCCCGAGAAGGCGACGAAUGGCCACUUGACCCUCCUCAUCCGGGACUGUUGCACCAGGAACAAAGGGGAUGCGGUGGUGAGUUUCGGGCGACACCGCGGCAAGUUGUUCCGGGAAGUACCCCAGAGUUAUCUUCGCUGGGCUUUGGCAGAGGUAAAGGAGCGGGGCCCGGAAGGGUCCAGCCCGGACUUAGUGAGCCUGAGCAGGUUCGCGGCGCAAGUCCUCCAGGAGGUUCCCGAGGUGAACAACAAGGAUCCGGAAAUGAACUCCAUGGUGCCAGUGCCGCAGGACGUGGAGUCGGUGGUGAGCUGGGGAUCCGAGGGGUGGAGCGAGUUGUCUCCCGAGGCCCGGAAGCUCAACAGCCAGGCGAACUCAAGGCAGGUGUCGAUGGCUGCGCCGAAGAGCGCUAUGCGGUCCCCAUCGGUGAAGCGAACCACGGAUCAUCAGGGCGAGCCCGGGAAGGCGAUGAUGAAUCAAGAUGUGCCUCCAGAGGUAAAAAAGGAGAUCGACGAGCUGAUGGCGAAGGUGGCAUCGCUAAAGGAUGAAGACCUUCAGAGCGAACCGGAUUUCGAGGUUAAGACCCAGGAGAUCCAUGUCCUCCCCGGGGUACGUGAUGUGGAGAUUGCGUCAGGGGAAGUCUUCUAUGAAUGCCGAAACGGCGACUUCAGUACAGAUGCUGGAGUCACCAAAGUCUCUAGCGAACAUCGUGCGCGAGACCUUCUUCGCAGAAAAGACUUCAGCUUCGAAGCAUGUGAAGGGCUCCUCAUUGACGUGUGUGAACACUGCCAGGCUAGUAGAAAGCGCAAGAUCAUGGAUGGCACGUGCAGUGUGGCCUUCGGGGCCUACUCCCAUGGGAACCACUAUGGGGUGAUCCGGCGCACGUAUCAGCAUUGGUACGUGACGAAGUAUGUGAAUGCCUUCAUGCGUUUCCAUGGUGCCAAGGGUCAGUGGAGUAGUGUGCAGUUGUGUUUCAAUUGUCAUGUCGGUCCCCAUAAAGACGUUCACAACCUUGGGGACAAUUGGACUAUUUCCUUUGGGGACUUUGAGGGCGGACGUCUUUGGCUAGAACACAACGACCCAACCAAGGUUCCAGACGCCAUUGAGUCCCGCGAGGCGAUCCUUGCCGACGGCUCCAAGGCGAUCGGAUGCUUGGUGGAUACAAGACAUAACAUGUACAAGUUCUGUCCCAAGCGAAAACAUGCCGUAGAACAAUGGACAGGGAAUCGUUGCAGCAUCAUCGCCUAUGUCACUCGUGGGAUUGGUGAGCUUAGCAGGCCCGAACGUGAUGUUCUCAGGAGCUCCGGUUUCCCUUUGGGCAGAAGUGAAGGUGCAUGUGCUUGGGAGAAAGAGCAUGAGACGAGGCCGAAGAAGAGCAUUAGGAAGAACCUUUGGAAGGGAGCUCGAAGGGCAAGUUCGCUCCUCACUCUCAGUCUCGCAGCGGCAUCGUCGUUCAUCUCAGAGAAUAUACCCUUUGGAAAACCACCGCAUCAGGCAUGCCUCUUCGAGAUCGGCGGCAAUGAGUUGACGCUGGACAUGAUCGAGGCGGGUUUUCAGGCCAUCGAACCUCUCAGUUGGGGCGACUAUGUUGAUACUAACCAUGCUCUGAAAGUGACUGACGUGAUCAACAAUCUUAAGCCCAAUGUCGUUUGGUUUCAAGGUUGUGAUGAGAGCAACAAUUUCAUUGAGCAGAUCGUGGCCACUGCCGGACAGCAGCUAGAACAUGGCGGUUCUGUUGUAUACCAUGCCGACAAGAACGAUCAUGUCUGGGAGAAUAGGAUCAUGAAAUGCUUCAUGAAUGAGAACGCUCAUCUUCUAGAAGACCAAGGUGAAGCGUGGCUUCUUCGUGUAGGGGGAGUACUUCAUGAUACCGGAGAUUCAGGCGGAGAAUGCGGCAAUCUUGAACAUGAGGCGCAUGUUGUAUCCCACGAUGAUAAGAAAGAUCGACACGAACCCUUAGGUGCAUCAGCUAUUCACUUCAACAAGAAUGUGCCGAAGCAUGUCCAGGCCGCAUUGACCAGACUACAUCAGAACCUAGGGCACCCAAAGAUCACUGACCUAGUUCGUCAUUUGAGGUUCGCCGGUGCUGACGACGAGGUGAUCAAGGCCUGCAAAGGGAUGCGAUGCGAAGUUUGCGAUCGAAACCAGAGGACCGGGAGCGCUAGACCGGGGGUGCUACCUUCACUUCUAGACAUGAACCAAGUGGUCAGUGUCGAUGUCUUUUCGGUCUUUGACUCGGAUCGUGUGCGGCAUGAGUUUCUCUCAAUCAUUGACCACGCCACUACAUUUCACUUGGUGUGCGAGCUUGAGGGUCACUCCGGCGAGGAUUUCUGUAGGCAGUUCACCCAACUCUGGGGAAACGUUUUCGGGGCUCCUGGGACGAUUUCAGCGGACUUAGAGAGCGGGCUCCAGCUUGGAGUUUCCAAGUACGCGGAGUUCCACGGGUGCCGGGUGAGAUCCUCAGCUGGACAAGCACACUGGCAACAAGGGGUAAUCGAGAGACACGGUUACUGGUACCAGGAGAUACUCCAGAGGGUCAUUGAUGAGAAGUCCAUCACGAGUGACGACAUGUACAUGGCGGUCCAGGCGGUGAACAGCGCUAAGAAUGAACUUCGACGUAGACAUGGUUUCUCCCCUACACAAGCCGUAUUCGGUAAAGACCCCAGAGCACCCGAAGAACUAGAGUCCGGAGUUGACGAGGAGAGAUUCAUCGAGAUCAUGUCCGGUGACCAACGUCGACAACGUGAAGUUAGCAUCAGAGCCUCGGCACGCAUGGCAUUCUUCAGAACUCAGAUCGACUCGAAAUUUCGCAGAGGGAUGAUCCAGAGAGCGCGUGUCAAGAGAGGCGGUUAUGCGGUCGGAGAGCUUGUAUGUUUCUAUAGGAUCGAGAAGAUUGCUACAAAACGUGGGCAAUGGCGGGGACCGGGCACCAUCAUUGGCCACGAAGGCGGCAACUGGUGGGUGUCGUUCGGGGGACGUUGUCACUUGGUUGCCGAAGAACACUUGAGGCCGGCUACCUCUGAAGAGCUCGGAGAGCUCUUCUCCACCAGGAUUGUGAGGGACGAUUUGGAGAAACUCCUCGAGUUGGAUCCUGAUGACCCCGACACAUACCAACCCCCUGAUGAAGAGAUCCCAGAGUUUGAAGAUCCGUUCCAGGAGUUCCCAAACAACGACCUCGAGGACAUGGACUACGAGCCCAGUCUCCCCGAGGAAGAUGGACAGGACAUGGUUGUUGAUGACGAUGUUCGGGGUGCUAAGCGUGACGGUGACCCUUCUGAUGUGCCUCCUGUUGUUUCUAGACGGGUUCGAAGAAAGGGCCAGGGAGUUCGUGUCCAUUCAGCCAACAUGUUGAAGCGGUGCCAAACGGAGCGAGCCCUCGAAAAGCAGCUCGAAAAGGAGAUACCUUGGAAGUUGGUGCCUCCGGAAGAACAUGCUGCAUUUCGUGCCGCGGAACUAAAACAGACGAAAGAGCACUAUGAACAUGAUGCACUGGAACCUCUUUCGGUCGAAGAAUCCGCCGAGGUGUACGAUCGUGUACACAGCAGCAGGAUCCUCUCUUCGAGAUUCGCAUAUCGAGAUAAACAUUGGAGUCGUCGGAAGAUCGAUGCGAGUGUUCCUUGGAAACACAAAGCACGCUUAGUAGUCUCAGGACACAGAGACCCAGACAUCCAACACCUUGAGACGGAUGCUCCCACCAUCGGGCGCCUCACAGUUCUCACUUUGCUGCAGAUAGUAGCCAGUCGUCGUUCGAAGUUAGGAUGGAUGGCAUCAGCUGGAGACAUCACGGCGGCAUUCUUGAACGGAGACCCGUUGGAGAGGGAACUGUAUCUUCGUCAGCCUAGAGGUGGUGUGGAAGGUCUUCUACCAGAACAGCUUUUCAGGGUGAAGAAAGGGAUAUUCGGGCUACCCGACUCGCCUAGGAAGUGGUGGCGGAGAUUGAGGCGAGAUAUGCUGAGCAUCAAGAUCGAUUUCCAAGGACUGACUCUUCGGUUCACACAAUGCCCCUUGGAUCCAUGUCUAUUUCAGCUGUGCGAUCCCGAAUCUGGCAAACCACUCGCUUAUGUCGGGGUUCAUGUCGAUGAUCUCUUAACGGUAGGCCCUAGAGACCUUGUGGGCUGUAUCAAGAGCUCGCUGUCUGCAGUGUUUCCAGUGGACGACUGGGAAGACGACAUGUUUGAGUACAUCGGAUCUCACGUCAAGGUCAGCGAAGAGGGCGUCUUUGUGGGUCAGGAGUCUUAUGCUAGUUCCAGGUUAUUCGAAGUUGAAGUACAGAAGGGUCAAGAUGAACUGGAACAAGCAACAGAGGCGCAAAGGGUCGACAACCAAUCCCUUAUUGGUGCCUUGUCUUGGUUGAGUGCACAAUCGAGACCAGAUCUUCAGUGCAGUGUGUCACUUGCGCAACAACUCCAGAAAACCCCGACGGUUGAGGAUAUCAAGUUCACCAAUAAGAUCGCAAAGAGAGCUUGGGAGCACAGGGAUAAGGGGAUCUGGCUUCGUCCACUUGACUUGUCAUCCUUGGAAUACUUAGUCUAUCACGACUCUGCCUGGGCUAAUGCACUGUUGGAAGGGGAAGAGCACUUUAUUCUGAGUCCCGAAGAUCAUGAAAAGGGGACUAUGAAGGAAGGCCCCUUCGACAGGAAGGCACGAAAAGCCAAGAAGGAGAAUUCCAAGGUUGCUAGCCAAAUGGGCAUCCUCAUUGCCCUCGUUGAUGCGAACGGCUUCAAAAGUGGAGGCGGCGAGGCUAGCAUCAUCGAUUGGAAAUCUACGGCUAAUCCUAGGGUAUGCCGAUCAACCUUCGCUGCCGAGACCACUGCCUGUUCUGAAGCCGUGGAGAUGGGCCAGUAUGUCCGCUCAUUCGUGGAAUCAGUGCUACACGGAAGCCUGAAGAAGAUUAACGAUGUUGCGGGAUCCAAGCUCAGAUGCCUGACAGAUUGCAAAUCCCUCUAUGAUCAUCUUCACCGUGAAGGAGUACCGCGGGUUCCGUCAGACAAACGCCUGGCUAUAGACCUAGCUGCUCUUAGACAAACAUUCGACCUGGAGCGCGUCCGGGAUAGAAUUCCUCUUUAUUGGGUGCCAACCGAGUUCCAACUUGCCGAUAUCUUGACUAAGCCGAAAAGUCCGGAUGGCUGGUGGGACACAAUUUGCAGUUGCAUCCGAUUACCCUUCGUCAAGAGAGUAGGCGAAACCUCCGAAUAG